AUACACCAGUGCUAUAUUUAGCAUACAAUAACAUUCAAUAGGAAUGUUCUACGGUAACUUCCUUCUUGCCGGUAUUGAUGUAUACAAUGUACCAGCUGGACUUUUGAACACAGAAGUUGAAGCUUUGACCCAACGUCAUGUCACAAUUCCCUGCCCUUUUUUAAACAGCGAGGGAAGCCAUGGACAGUAGACAAGACAGACUCAAUGUACUGGGAUAUACGUAUACGUUGGUGAUUGUGUACGCCUAUAUUACAGGUGUCAAUACAGCGGCAUGUACUGACCAGACUGAUUUGGACAGAUUCUUUCACGUUUCUCGGAUGUGUAAGAGCGGAACAUUGAAAAACAAACGUGUUGUGAUAGACACUUGGGGUACGGGAGGUCCGGGUAUAUACAGAUGUACCUGUACCGUUACCUUGGAUACAGGAUCAGCGUCGCCAACAACAACUACAACAGUAGAAAUGGAAGAAUACCCGCGUGUAGCACCAUUACAGAACUGUGGAAGUAUACUUAGGAUCAAUUCUACUAAAUCUAGCAUCUUUACUGAAACUGGUUGCACCCCAAUCCCUAAUACUCCGACAAAUAAUUUCGGGACUUCCGACAUGUUGACACUGACGCUAUCACGGGCAGACGUCAGUACAUCGUGGAUAUCAGGACAUUGUAUAUUUAUUUCCUCUCAAGGGUCUACCAACCUUGAUCUUAUUGUGACCUGUAAUGAACCAAUCACUCCAAUCACCCCUACAACCACUGAGGAAUACGUACCAACCACUACCGUCGAACCUUUGACUACAACCACAACCACUCAGCCAAGGGAGACAACCACUACCACUCAGUCAAGGGAGAUAACUACCUACAAUAGCACUUAUACUGGACAGACUGAACCAGUACGGGAGAAAUGUGUUCAAAUAAGUCAUCCCCAACAGGGAUAUCCAAUAAGCGCCGUAGUCGUUCCGCUACUAGUUACUUUGCUUAUCAUUGUCGUUUCCACAACAGCGAAUGUGGUCAUAUACCGAAGACGCCUUGCACUUUUAAAACAGCCAAAGUAUACUGAAGCCGUCAUGACGUCACCAAACCCUGUCCAUUACGACAGUCUAGAUCUUCCCCGUGUUGAACCUCCCAACCUGUACGCCGACACCUCUACUGGACAGAUGUACGUCAAUACAGCAAUGGAAUAAUAGGUUCAGCAUAACAACCAUGGUAUCCUUUUCACCAAGAUUUCUUUCCUCAAUCUUUCAACAGACGGCGUUGUUUGUGAUACUUCAUGGUUCAAAGAUAGGAUCUGAAUCGGCUCUAUGAUGUUGCAUUUAUUGCUUUAUAGAAACUGUGUACAUACCAUGGGCUGCAUGGGAUUUUACACCUGAAAAUACCCAUUGUUGGCUAUCUGGUGAAACGGAAUAUCUAGGUGUUUUUUCCCAGAAAUAUAAUAAAACGUGGGUCAAGAAAUGCAAUAUUUUACACUUUUUUAUUUUAUAUAUUCAAACACGGUUAGAUUUAAAUUUCAGAAAGAACAAUAUUGUUUCUCAUGGUACGCCCAUAAUCAUAAUUACUUAUGUGAGGCACUCCUGUGAUUAUUGGUAAUUACUUAUGCGAGGCACCCCUGUGAUUAUUAGUAAUUACUUAUGUGAGGCACCCCUGUGAUUAUUAGUAAUUACUUAUGUGAGACACCCCUGUGAUUAUUAGUAAUUACUUAUGUGAGGCACCCCCGUGAUUAUUAAUAAUUACUUAUGUGAGGUACCCCUGUGAUUAUUAGUAACUACUUAUGUGAGGUACCCCUGUGAUUAUUAGUAAUUACUUAUGUGAGGCACCCCUGUGAUUAUUAGUAACUACUUAUGUGAGGCACCACUGUGAUUAUUGGUAAUUAUUGACGUUUGUUGGUGUGGAUCUGUGGUUAUAUGGACCUGAGAAAGUGAUAUUGACCGAAACGAAGUCGAGGUUAAUAUCACAUUCCCGUAUCCAUAUAACAAUGUAACCAACGAAAUAAAAAAAAAUGAACAGUUAUAUUAGGAGCUAGAUAAUGCUUUAAAUUUAGUCUUAGUUUCGUUUCGUUUUAAUACUAAAACAAGAUGGAACGUAUGGAAAUUGUAAGGAGGAAAGUAUUUCAUUUGGCUGCAUUUGGCCGAGAGUAUUGUGACGUUACAAUUUAAAUAACAUCAUAAAGUGUAUAUUUACCUGGCUUGUCUUACAAUAGUAAUAACGAGUCGAUGCCACAAGUCACCGACCUCCAUGUAAUUAGGUUCCAGCCGAUGAGAAAGUAGGAUCAUUUAACAUUAUAAUACUUUUUCAUGCCCACGGGUGUAGGAUAUAGGAAUUCCUACCCGAGGGUUUUCAAACUUUGUAAAACCCGAGCCAUGAAAGAGUAUUUUUCUUUAAUUCCAACUACCGUAUAAGCUCAGAAACCAUGAAAAUGCGUUUGGACUGGCUACCAUUUUGAAAAUAUUUACUUUUCCCCUGAGCUUUUUUGACAAAAACGAAUCUGUCAGCGAGAUCAAGCACACCCCAUAUUUGAAACUAUGUAUGCACAGAAAAAAUAAUAACACCUUUCUAACUUGUACGGUCAAGUUAUUCUAAAGGUUUUAUUUUUAUCACAUUUCCUUUUCUGCAUUGCGGCAUCAGACCUUUCCAAAUUCGUGACGUCACUUAAUUAUUCAGCAAUUGUGACGUCAUGUCAAGUAUAACGGGGUGUAAGAUAGGAAUGUCUUACACCACUUUCGUACCUUGGACAGCUCUGUCUUACUCACAAGUAUGAAAUACAUUAAUAGUAAUGUUAUACUUGGGCUUACACAAUGUAUAAAACUACAUGUAGUGUAAAUUUUUAAUUUCAACUAUACCAAAACUUCCGUGUGUCACUAGUUAUUGCAGUUGUGAAAACAGUGCGCAGUUGUGAUAGGACUGAACAACUAUUAUUAUUAAUCAUAAAUAUUCAAAUCAAUGGAAUGCAGGACUCUCACGGCGUUUACUUAUAGGAAAGCUUAUAAAUAUGGUGAAAUUGUGGCCUCUAUUUCUUUUCCCGGAUCAUAUGACAAGAAAAUAUAUAUGUAUAUGAAACGAUAUUACGAUAAUUAAGAAAAGAUAGAGGGAGGUCUCCUUCUGACUGUC